AUGAGGAUGAAACGGCACUUCAAGCCUCAACAGACUGGUCGACCCGAAAGAGCCUCAUAUCAGGGUGGUGGGAGAAAGAGAGACCCCGACUGGUCAACACCAUGGUGGCUCGACAACAUGCGGCAACUCGGAUCUGCCAACAUUGUGGAAAUGGUCCAGCCGUUAUCCGUUGUUCUGACUGCCGACCACACCCAUUCCUCUGUGGCCAGUGUGAUGUCAGGGUCCAUCGAGAGUGGAAACAUCACAGCGGACAGCUUCCGGAAAAGCUUCUUGGAGUGGGAAGCUGUCCGAUUCGAAGUGGACAAUUUAUGCCAGGUGGACCACUUUGACUGCCCAGCGUGCAGCCCAGACAUGCUUGCAGUAUCCGUUGAUGGAAACCGUAAGCACUACAGAUUCAAGAGUGCAGCAAGAUCGGAGGAAAAAGCCAUCUUUGAUGGCGUGUUCAUUGCGAAUGAUGAUGACGUCGCAAGAUUCGUGGACUAUGUCCAUACCUCAACCAGUCAUGUCUCUGGAAGAGGUGUCUGUGGAGGGCAAUGGUCAGCGGCGCGUGAAACGUCUCAGAAGUCCUCAGGAAAAACAGACGAGGAGGGCCUGGAACUCGCUGUAUGUCGUCAUGGGGUUCUCCUUCGUGCCCUCAAUAUGUUCAGGGGGGAGAUUUUUGCUUACCCCCUGUACCUCCAAAAGCAAAUGGCCUGUAAGACAGUUACAUUUUUUGCAAUGGAUGUGGCAUGCAAGUACUGGCCUUACCUCCGGAGAGUGACAGAGAAAUGCCCUGAGCUUCAGGAUCUCCUCACCAUGAGGCCAUUUCUUUCUGUUUUUCAUGCCAAAGCUCAUGAUUUCAAAUGCGAGGUAAGAGAAAAUGAUUGUCCAUGA